AUGUCUGCAAUAAGGAAGAUCAUCCAACGUCAACUCUUCCAGAAAGACGAUGAACGCAUUCAGGCCAUUGUGAACAUCUCAAAACUUGAUGGAAAGAAGAAAAAACACCAAACUCUUUUGUGCUUAGCAGGUGUGCAUUGAAAAUUGAUUUUAAAAAACUUACGGGUGAAUGUUGUUUUCAGUGACUAUCGAGCACCCGAUUGCCGUUCGGUUGUAUUUCGUCAAAGGAGAGAAAGAUGACACAUUCAAGAAGAAGGACAGAUUCAACUUGCGAGAAGUGCGGGAAAUCGAUGGAAUCAACCCGAAAAAGGUACACAAUAUAAUUGAGAACACUUCUGAAAGUCUGGUUCCUAUUACAGUCGUCUCCCGAGUUCCACAUAACCAUCGGCGAUCAUCAGUACGUUAUUCUGGCAGGUUCCGCUGAAGAGAAGGAUGAAUUCAUUCGAGAGCUUUACAAGGUAUCCCUCACAUUCGCACAGUUCAUUUGAAGACUUUCUUUUAUUAGCUCGCUUCUCAAUAUCUUCCCGUUCAAAUGCCAGACUUCUGCAAUGUCUCCAUCCCCUUGAUCGAAACGGAGACCUCAAUCAUUCCGAUCGAACUCCCAGAGCACGAUCUUGCAAUGCAAAGCGACUAUCAGCCAAUUUCCUCGAAAGAAGACGCAGAUUUCCGCAAACUCAUCGAGAGAGCGAAUCUGACCAUUGGAGACGCUUACAAAUUUGCAGAGGUGUGUCAAAUUCCCAGGGAUCUGCUCGAUCCAGUGAGUGUUUCAGAUGCUCACUGAGCAGUUACAAUCUCUGGAUGGAGCCAAUAUCAAUUCAAUGAUGGACAGUGAGAACUCUGUGAAUAAUCUGCUCUCCAGCAUUGACGCCGCGCUCAGUGGAGUCGAAUCGGUGGAAAAGGAGCUCGAUCGAUGCGAUAACAUUUUGGCGGUUAGCCAAAGUUGAAGUAAAACACUUAAUUCAGAUAUUUCUAGUUUGUGAGAAACAGUAUCGAGCUGAUUGAGGAGAAGGACAGUCUUUCUGUGGUGGAAAGGCGGAACAAGCAUCGGCUAAACGACGAGGUCAUUUCGUUCGUCCGCUCACUCGAAGCAGUCACCGAUUUGCACAUUGAGACGUUGAAACAAGCCAACUUCAGCAAUCCGGAGAGGUAAAUAGCAAAAAGAGUGAGACAUUUAAUAAGAUGUAUUGGUUUCCAGUGUUCAACGAUGCACGGACGCCGCUCGUGCCGUUGCGCAGUUCUGGCACGGCAGAAUCUCGAAACCAAUGCUUCAGAUGAAGGCUUACCAGGACCGGAACAAUGAGCUCUCGGCUAUUGACAUCUUCGUAGAUCGGCUCAUGUCUCACCUCUCCGCGUUGUUCUCCAACUUGGUAAGGAAUUCCUAGUCGGUUUUCUGGCUCUCAACCAGAAUCAUUUCAGAACGAUCUGUCUCUCGACCACGAGUGGCACGAACUGUGCGUUCCGAAGCAAUCUCAGAGAUUCCGAGCUCUCUCACCGCUCUCUGAUCUCAUCAAUUGGCUCAAAUCAAACCGCCCCAAAGCUUGCGCUCUGGUCCUCCAAAAGUACAUUGACAGCACGAAUCUGCUCUACAAACGUCUCUUCGACAACUUUUUCGAUACUCUCAUCAGCAAAGUCCCAAAGGCAUCUGGUUCCGAAAAGAAGUCAAGUGAGUUGAAAACUCACGCUCAGGAUGAGAAACAUGUGCCGUAAUUUCAGAAGGGUUGGAUUCUGCGAACACAUCCAUCCGAUCUGACAACCAGAGCUUCUUGAGCGCAUCCAGUGAAGUGGACAUUGAGAUUCUCCCGCAGCUCAUCGAAACAGUCCUCGCCGAGCUCAGCGCCGUGAUCGACGCCGAGCAGAAGUUCGUCGUCCGUUUCUUCCACAUCAACUCGGAAUUGCUGGCUCAAUUCGAGACGACAUCGACUGGAAGUGGCGACAGUUCGAGUCUCGGAGGCCGCAACAUGGAGAAGCACAUGAACGACCAGGUCAGACAUGUGAUGGGCGCUCUGUUCGAGUCGCUCAACAUCCAUUUGGAUAGUUUCUGCCGUGCAAUCUGCAGAAACAACCCCAGGUACUCAUAACUAAUCUUUUAGGUAUUCACAAUCUUGAUUAUUUCCAGCAACGUCCUGCUAUUGUUCGUGAUAAUGUCGAAAAAAGUACUGCUUCCACAAGACCCCAGCUCGUAUUUCUCGAUUACUUUUGGAAGUUUGGUGGUCCUCAUCAAACGCCAGUUUGACACGUUCAUCGUGAGGGAUCCAUCUCUAAAGCAAAAAAGUAAAUAUUUUUUCAGAAUAUGGAAUGCACACAAUACUCGGAAGUUCGUAUCGCAAAGAAAACGAGAGUUGGAAUUCUCCCAUCGAUUUAUCGUUUCGCGAACUUUGUGAGACGCGCGGAAUCCAUUUUUGAGAAUGCCGAGCGGAGAACCGAUUUGGAGAAGGCGUCAGUGAUUCCAAUACAGCUUCUGCACGUUAUUUCUUCAAUUUUCAGAUACUACAACUUGUGCCGUGCCGUUUGUGACGGAAUUCAAAAAGCGGCGGCCAAUCCGAAUAGCAAAUCGCCUCCGUCUGUGGUCAAAUUUGAGAAUUAUCACGAGCUCUAUUGUACGGACAAUAAAAGUUGCCUCAAUUUUUAUAAUAUUUGUUUCAGUGACACUUUCUGAGCUCAAAAUCACGUGCCUCGAUCAGCAGAGGAAAGAUGCGAAGGCGCUGAAGGAAGAGCACAUUGACGCGUACGUCAAGGAGUUCAUGGGACGACCGCUCAAGGAAAUUCAGGUGGGGAGGAACCACGUGGCACGUGGAAACAAAAUAUGCAUUGUAGACAUUUUUCGACAAUGUGACCAAUGCGAUUGAACUGAAAGGAAUCCGUCCAGAUGAGGUAUCCUAUCAGCAACAGUUCAGUCGAAUUGAACUCAAGAAGGUAACGUCGAAAAACGUAGGCACUAGCAAUGCUUCCCAGUUUAAGGUUAUUUCUCAACAUCCCGGAAAAGAAGUGAAGAAAGGACUUGAACAGCUUUACAAGAAGAUUGAGAAGAACUUGGUCGCCAAUUCAUCUCUUCUUCAGGUUGUCUGGCGAGACAUGCAGGUAUGACCCACAUUUUCAUGUCGCGGAAAAGAUUGUCUGGUUUCAGGAGCAGUUCAUCAAACAGAUCGCCGAAUACAACAAACUGAUAGUCACCUGCUAUCCAGGCUCCAAAAUCGAACUCGAAGUUUCCACCGACAACGUGCUACAGUUUUUCUCUGAAAUUGCACAGCAACACUAA